AUGUCCAAUUCGACAAGACAACGAGACGCGCCUCGUGUGCGGCAAACGGACAGAAUGCCUAUCAGGCAGAAGCGGACUUUUGAGGAUGGAGCCAUUUGGACGGCAGACGAGCACUCGGCCACCCGCUACACAACUUCCGAUCCCUCCCGCUCGGCCACUCGAGUCUCGAGAGCCUCGAAACACUGCAGCGGCAGAAAGCCCACACAGAACACACAGUGCCGAUCCUCGCCAACUAUUAGUCCCAUCCACGGCCGGAGCCAAAUUGGCCGCCACACCAGCCAAGAAAACAGCCAGCGGCAAAGGCAGCCAAGCAGCAGCAGCAGUACCAACAGCGUCAGUACCAGCGCGAGCGACUCCCCCCCUCACGUGGACGUCUCCCGAGCGGGAGCGACUCCGAUGAAUGAGCUCACGCCCAAUCAUCCCGCGCACCACCCACCGCCAGUCUCGUCGCAGUCUCGUGGCCUCGCCACGCCCUACGCCGCCUUCUCCGCCGCGGGCACAAUGAAUGCCAACGUCGUGAAUCUCGCCGCUGUGGACCGCGCCAAAAGUUUUCAAGCCGUUCAUCGAGGUGGAGUGAAUCUGGGCAAUGCAAAGUACCAUUCGCAUCCGCAGCAACUGCAACAGGUAAAUAUAUUCCAUGCGGGACAGUACACGCCUGCAAACUACGCGCACCUCAAGAAUCCGGCGGACAAUCGGCCUAGCCAGCAGUACUCGCCGCACCCGACGCAUCAGCAGUCGUACGUUGCACCAUACGGCUACCCGUCUUACUCGCAGAAUUACGGCAACACUGGGAACUAUCAGCAACAGCCUCAACAGCAACAGCAACAACCCACGCAACAGCAGCAACAGUAUGGCAGCUACGCUCAAGGCAGCGAGACGAAUCCGUUAGGCAUGUUGGUGACUUCGGCAACGAAUCCACAGGGUGCGCCGGACGCUAUGCCGCAUGAACCUGUCAAUAUUGGACUUAAAGACGCAGGAGACCGCAAGUUCCGACAGCCUUUCAACGUGGUUCCCGCCGAUUCGUUCUUGAACUCCAGUGGUGGCUAUGUGCACGGUGUUGAGCGUAGUGGAAACGUGGUACAGAUCAAGACGACGUCCAACAAUACGCAGCAACAGCAGUCGAUGUAUCAGCGCUCGAACAUGUAUGGCGGUACGGCGUAUUUUUCACAGCAGCAACAGCAACGUACGCAACAAGAACCGACGCAACAGCAUAAUCCGUUGGAUCUGGUGCCUCCUAGUGCCACAAUGCCAACUAACUUCGAUGCCAAUGGGAAUGGAGGUGGUUCUUCCAAUAUGGGACGGGUCAUGGGCAACGGAGUCGGUGGGAUGUUUAGUACUGGAUCACGCAUGCCGCAGUUCAGUCCUAAUAGUGGCGCGGGUCCCUCCUUGACAACGCGGUUGAAGGACGGAGGCGUGGACAUCUCGACCGGUUCUUCGAAUGGAAACCAAUUACCGUUUAUGCAGCAGCAACAUCAGCAAGCCACUGCGAAGUCGCUGGAGAUUACGCAUCCGACCUCUUUGUAUGCAGAUGUCACGAGCUCAACAACGUCCAUGUCGAUGGUCAGUCUAUCCUCGGAUGGUCCAGCGUCAGCAUCUGCGCUGUAUCCGCCGUCCUUAUCGCCCCCUUCUUCCCAGCUCAACGCAAGCAGCGAAGACACGUGCGGUCUGUGCAGUGGUGCACAUAGCGACAGAAUCGCAAACAAUUGCGGCCACCGUUUCCACGCCCAAUGUUUGCACACAUGGGGAGGCUUGACCAGCUGCCCAUUAUGCGCACAGGCAUCGAACGCUAUCACGAGCGUCCCACAAGCGACUAGUGCCGGUAACUAUGGCCUCGGAGCAGAGAAUGCCACGAUAUCCCAGAGCUCGGCAGGGCCAGGAGAGAUGAAGUUGACUAGUGGUGGUGCUAUGAACAGCACUGGAGUCUCCAUAUCGCCGAGCUCUGUGGGCUCUUCGCAAGUUACAGCCAUCAAUAACAUGCAAGUGAUGCCAGGCGGACGUCCGCCUCCGAUUGACACGCGCAUUGUGGAUAGUCGUAAUGGACCGACAACGUUGAGUGGGGGCAAACGUAGCGCGACUUCUACUCGAUCGGGGUCCAGUAGUACCGGACGCGUACGUAAAAACAAGAAGCUCAAAGACUGCUCAGUUCCCGGCUGUGAUCGAACUGUGCGCUCGCGUGGACUUUGCAAGGGUCACGGUGGAGGACGACGUUGUGGAUUUGCCGGUUGCGGACUUAGCGAUCAAGGUGGUGGCUUCUGUAUCAGUCAUGGUGGUGGAAAGCGCUGCCAGCAUGACGGAUGCGAUAACUCGGCUCAGUCGCGUGGACUGUGCAAGUUGCACGGCGGAGGUAGCCGUUGCACGGUUCCUAACUGCACGAAGAGCUCCCAAGGCCGCGGAUUGUGCCGUGCUCACGGCGGUGGACGACGUUGCAUGGUGGAAGGCUGCAAUAAGACUGAUCGUCGUGCCGGCUACUGCGUGACGCAUGGUGCUGACAAGAAGUGCAUCAUCCCAGAGUGCUCCAAGACCGGUCGUAUCGACAAUCUGUGCACCAAGCAUUACUUUGAGCGCCACCCUGCUCAACCACCAGGUACCGUGAGCACAACUCCGCCGCCUGUCAUCACUGUCAAUGCCAACACCAGCGCAGCGAGAGCUCGAGCUGAAAGAAAGAGAGCAGCUGAACAGCAGGCUGCCGCCGCCAACUAUGCGAGCAUGUCUUCGGUAAUGCUGGCUGGUCCAGUCCCCACAUUCGAUGAUCGGGUAGGUGGGGCGCUGGCCAAGGCGGAGCCGUUUUAG